GCACAAGCUAUAUCAUUGUUAUAUGGCAAAAUACAAGCAAGAGUGUCUUUAUUUGAUUCCAGGAAAAAAUGCCAAAUAUGCUGAAAAUGUUGUCGACGACGACGAUGAUGUGCCUGUUAUCGCGCGUAAGGUGUGCGACACCACAAAAGAGAACUUGACAGUUGGAUUUUUGCAAAUCUCAUAUAUCUCUGUAUACUCAUCUAUUAAGAUGUCUUCUGUUGAGCUAUGCGCUGAAUAUAGUGGCCACUGGCUUAUCAUUUUGCUGGGAGCAACCUCUCCAAGGGGAAUUCGCUCUUCUUUUGACUUGACGCUGUUACUACCCCUCAUUUCUUUUCGCUCUAGGAUAGAUCAGCCAAUUCAUGCUUCCACAUUUCCGCUAGAUAAGAAGCCGUUCAGUGCUAUCAAUGCUGACCUCGUUCCUGCCUUCAUAGACGAUCCAAAGGAAUUUUUCGAUGAGUUUGGUUUUCGAAAAAAAGAUGAUUUGCCGGGCUCUUCGGCGGAGAGUAGCGAUAUUGAGGAUAGUUCGCAUAGAGGAUUGUUCUCUCAUCCGGUAAUGCCUGCUAUUGUAAAGGCAUGUUUGCAGCUUCAAUUCGAUGAAAUUAAUAUCGAAAGAAGCUUGCUCCGAACUUUGCCAAAUAAUAUUUGUUUCUGGAAGAAGAAUGGUGCAGGGAUCGAUGCGUUGCGGAGAGUGUUGAAAGCUGUAGCGUUUAUAUACCCAGACCUUGGUUUUUGCGAGGGAAUGGGUGUUAUCGUUGCUGUUCUUCUUUUGUUUUGCUCGGAAGAGACAACGUUCUGGAUGAUGACAGCCCUUAUUGAGGAUAUUCUACCACCUAAUUACUAUAGCCAAACUUUGCUUGGCGUUCAGGCAGACGAAAGAGCCACGAGACAUUUGAUGAAAUCCCACGUACCUGAUCUCAACAAAAUUUUGGACGAGUUAGAUGUGGAGGUAUCAUUGGUGACGGUAAUUAUCUCAAUAAUGAGAAUGAAGGAGGAUGAGAUAGUCGAGUUAGGAAGGAGCUCUAAAUCAUCAGCUGAUCUUUUUAACGCUAUCAGCCAACUGCCACAAACUGUGACUGAAGUUGAUAAACUUACCGAAUACAUGGCGUCAUUUGAGUUUACCAUUACGGACCACCUCAUCAACGAACUGCGCAAAAAACACCAGGCCAUUCUUAUGGCCGACCAAGGAAUGAUUGUUAAUACGACUACGGAUACAAACUUGCCGAAGCAAAAGGUUCAUAGAAGGAAAUUGGCUAGAUCGAAAAGUAUAAUUCAGCAGAUUUUCCACUCAAAAGAUGGAACUGAUGAUCCCAAGCUCAAGAAUGUUCGGCAAACGGAGAUUCUUGUGGACCUCAAAGAUUCAGUGCUCCAAAUUUGUCGAUAUUUUAUUAGUUGUGAUGAAAAGAUGGAAUUGAACAUUUCAACUAAGGCUGACUACAGUCCAGAAUCCCACGCCCACGAUAUCGAUAACUUUCUUGCUGGUCGUCGUGAAGGCCACAAAAGAGCCAGAGCUUUGUUAGAUUUUGCGCGGCAGGAUGAGGAUGAGCUCGGAUUCAGGAAAAAUGACAUAAUAACAAUAAUUUGCGAGAAAGAUGAGCACUGCUGGGUUGGCGAAGUAAACGGUCUUCGUGGAUGGUUUCCAGCAAAAUUUGUAGAGGUAGUCGAUGAGAGAGGCAAGAACUACACCGUUUAUGGUGAUGAAGCUGUUUCUCCAGAAAUUACUGAAUACAUUCGAGGUGAGGAUGAACUUCAAUUUACCGACCAGGACAUUGCCUACUAUUCGGUGGAAAAGCACUUCAAUUCUGUGUACUCUCGUCUGACGUUGUGCAAUACUUUCAAAUUGGACCAAGACGGCAAAUCUCUGGAUUCGAACUCUCUGGAUUCCACUGAUUAUGGCAACCUGAAGCAAUUACUACUUUCAGAUACUUACCCCCGAGGAGCUGCUCUUCCGAUCAGUUCAAAUGAUCAAUGACU